GGAAACCAAUGAAAACACGUGUUUUGUUUGUGUUGUGAAUAAACCGUUAAAAACUAAAUUUGAAGUCAUUUUUGGUUUCAGUCGUUGUUUUGCAUUCAAUUUCACUGUUAUAUCGAUUUUGUGUACAUUUUUCACAACUAAUUAACACUAAUUUACACUCAAUUUGUUUAUUCAAUACAAUUAACACUCAUUUUGUGCGAAAAAUGCCCCAAAAAGCAAAAGCCGUGUCUUUGACUCCGAAACCCAAAAAGAGCGCCAAAAGUGCGCCGAAGAAGAGUUCGGCCAAAAAGGCGGCCAAACCUAAGGCUAAGGCGAGCGGUAAGAGAGCGGCCAAACCCAAGACCACAAGCGAUGUCCACAACUCUGUGACCAACUCUCAGGACGAGAUCGGAAACACUUUGAACACAACUCCGGCCGCAAACCCGACGGCUUCUCCGGCCAAACGAAGUCGUUCUCAAUCGCCGGCGAAGAGAACUCCGGCCAAAAAGGCGGCGCCGAAGAAGACAACCGCUGCCAAAAAAGGCGCCAAAAAGAGCGCCAAAACUGCGUCUCCCUCUCAAAGAUCGCGCUCUUCGUCGCCAAAGAAGACUGAAUCGACUGUUGAAAGCGCACAGAAUGGCAGUCCUGUGGCGAACGCCGCGCCGUCGGCCGCCCCGCAGAGCCCCAAGAAGUCGCCCAAAAAGGCGGCCAAAGCUGUGAAGAAGACGGCUUCAAAGCGGACACCGAAAAAGGCGGCAAAGAAGUCGUCGCCUAAGAAGAAGAGCGCCACCGCUUCGCCGCCCAAACCGUCGACCGCCAGCACUGGUGGUGCGGACGCGUCGAGUGGAUCGCCAGACAAAGCGGUGUCGCCCAAGAAAUCGCCGGCCGCUAAGAAGGCUGCCCUCAAGAAGAAGGCCAGUCCUAAGGCUAAGCCCAAGAAGACGACUCCGAAGCCGAAGAAAGGAGGCGCCAAAAAGGCCGCUAAAAAGGCUUAAAUGAGUUCUUCGCGAAAGUACUUCAUAUUAAUUAAUAUUUUAGUAGAAAUACAACAAAAUUAUCGAUAAAUAUAUCCAAUAUUUCAUUAUUACAUGAAUUUUAUCAUUACUUUCGCCAAUAAUUCAUUCAUUAAUUCUAAUAUGAUUUUUAUCGUUCAUUUUAUGUAAGCAUUCAAUUAAUUAAAUACACAAUUAAUGGUUUGGUUUUCUUACCUCUUCUCUCAAUUCAUCCAUAAUUUCAAUGAAUCUGAAUGUAAACACAAUUGUAAUCCAUAUUAUAUAUAAUCGAUACGAUAUUAUAUCCUCAUUAUUACCGAUACUGACAUACAUAUGAUUUUCUUUCUAUUAAAUGUUUUAUAUCUACAGUGAAUCUGUUGUCUUAAGUGUUUUUAAUUGUUUACCACUUUUAAUAACAUUU